UUUUAAUGGAUCUGCACAUUUCUAGACUAUCAAGAUGACUGAAGUCAAAUGUUUAAGGAGAGAAGCUGGCGACUCAGUACUCGAAUGGUCUUGUAAAAAAAAAGGUGAAGAUUUCAACAUUUGUGGUCGCUGUCAGUCGUGUGUCCUCUCUCAGAAACUGCACCACUACACCCAGUGGGUGAAUAAGACUGGAGGAGCAUCUCAGAGGAGGUUUCUCACUGGUAUCCUAGUGCGGUGCCACAAUCUUCAAAUCCUGGAGCAUCUUCAGGGUGUUUUACAAGUGACAUCAGGGAAAGAUUUCACUUAUUCCAGGUCCAGAGCUUUGCCCAGCAAACCCGAGGACACCAUAUGGAGGAUGGAUGGAGCUAUGGACACAAAACUGCAUGGAAUGGGCAUGUUGGAAACCUGGGAAUGGUUUAGGAAGAGCCCAGACUCGACCAAGUCCAAGUAUGUGCUGGGGCUCUUGUCUUUAUGUGACACCCCUCUUUUGCACAUGUUAGCAAAUUUGGUGCAUAUCCUGAUUGUUUGGGAGAAACACAAAUUUCUUCAAUUCAGCAAUGCUGAUCUCUCAGUUACAGAGUCACGCGUCUCCUACCAUUCAGAUGACCACCCGGAUCUGGAUCUUCUCAUCAAGGCAUGUACUUCAUAUGAGCCAGCUGAUCUCCCUCGAGAAGCUCACCAGGGCAGUCAGACAGAUGUCUUAAAACAGGAGCACUCAGAACAGAUAAAGGAUGCCAAAUCUCUCAAGAGUAUCUGUCAUGAGGUUGAGCUGGACAUGCAGAAUUUAGACCCCUGGAACAAAAGAAAAGGGAGAGAUUCUGACUCCGACAAUUCUGAUGAUCCUGAUCCUGCCCUCACCGUCGUCCCCAGGUCUUCAAAAUCUCUGUCAGGGGUCAGCCGUCAUAAAGAUUUUAUCCGAAGACUGCCAGUCGACAUUGCAAAGAUAAUGUUGGGGCUUUUGGAUAAGGUCUCACUGUACAACUGCAGGUGUGUGUCCAAGCACUGGCAAUGGCUAACUGAUGAGAUCUUAACUGAGGUGGAAGUAAAGAAGAAUGUUGAGAAACAGGCCAUGAUUUUGCAAGGUAACUCAACAUCUAAGGUCAACCCGGUUUAUGCUAAGAUCUGUGAAGUUUUAGUGCCCAUCAGUGAAGGGCACAAGCAGUUUCAGCAUGGAGAAUAUUUCCUCAAACAUAAGCUGACACAAGAACAGGAUUUGGAUUCUACCUACAAAGGCUUUAUAACUAAGACAGUCCAAAUGGAAGAACGCAACGUGUACUGUGGAGUGUAUAACAUCUUGGUCCUGUUGGAAAGAGAAGACCCCAGUAGAGUGAUACAUUAUGCUGGGGGGCAGUUUGUGGCGGUUGGCUCCAGGGAUCGUACCAUCAGGUUCCUGCAUGUCGCGUCACCCAAAGAGGUUCCUUUAGUGAUCCAAGGACAUGCAGGUAGUGUAAGAGCAGUUCUGGUUUGUGAAGAGAGAGACCUGGUUAUCAGCGCCAGCUAUGACCUCAGUAUCAGGUGCUGGAACCUGAAGACAGGCGUAUGUACAAUGAUUUUUCAUGGACAUUUUGGCACUAUAAACUGCCUGGAUUUGUACGGAGAUAGGCUGGUGUCUGGAGCCAAAGACUGUAGAAUUAGAGUGUGGAACCUACUGACGGGGAAGUGUGUUGAGAAUCUGAAGUUUAAACACCUUAAACCAAUCAUGUGUGUGAAGAGUAAUGAAACUCUGGUGGUCAGUAGCUGUGCUGGAGGUCAGAUCAGGGUAUGGAGCAUAGAGACGGCAUCACUUACAAGGCAAAUCAGUGGUCACCAGGGUGCAGUGCUGUGCCUGUGCUUCGAUCAGUGGCAUAUCCUCUCUGGGGGUUCAGAUGGGGAGGUCAAGGCAUGGAGCACCAACUGUAGCUUCAAAAAAUGCCUGAGGACCUUCCAGCAUCCAAAAGAGGUGUUGACCAUGUCUUUCCUGUUCCUGCGGCUCAUUACAGGCUGCAUGGACGGAAAGAUCCGCAUCUUCAACUUCUUAAAUGGAGACUGCCUGAGAGUUAUAAGGACAAACAUGAAGCAAUGCCCUGUCCUUUCUCUACACACACACCACAACACUGUGGUCGUAAACACCAGAGGGAGUAUUCUGAUGCUCCAGUUCGCUGAGGUUCACUGGGACUACUCUGCCAGUGCUUUUUUUGAGCGGUCCCAGAUCUCUCUUGAGAGUGUGCCUCGGACUUCUGAACGGACGACUCAAGGCGGUUCACCCAGCACAAAAAGUCGUUUUCACCGUUUCAAGAGCCUCUCAACCCCCAGUAUGCAGCAUGCUCGAGAUGCUCAGCAGGAGUCCACAAGGGCGGCGACGUGGAAUCAGCUCCAGGCUCAUCGUCACAACAGGACCUUCAUCAACAUGCAGUCUGAGUGCCUCACCAGGCCCCGAUCUGUUCUCUCAGCAAGCAGUGGAUAUAAGGACUUUCAAAACCGAGUCAGCCGCACACCAAGCACUGCCACCACCAACUUAGAUAAGAAGACUUAUGGCACCAAACACUCAGUACUCAGCCAGAGUGAGAAGGCAGCCCGAGACAGGGUGAGAAAGCGAGGUCCUCACCACCCGGUGACCCCUGACCUAGUUCUACUAAGGGCCAGCAGCUCCCAGCAGAGUUUGUGCAGUGACAAGGCCAGGUCCAACAUGGAGCUGAACGCCAGGGUGCGAGAUGCCUGGGGACCUGAUUUAUCCAGAGAGACAUCAUCUCAAACCACCAACAAAAGAACGUCUGAAAUCCAUGCUCCAUUCACUACCCACAGCGUUGACCUCAACCCUCAGGGCUCCUUAAAGUCCAGGCAGACCUGCUUGACACCUCACUCUCUUCCCAAACAAUCCCAGAGAUCCUUCAAAGUAAUUCGGUCUGGCACAAACAAGGUUGACCCUCUGAAUACGACUUCCUCGGAAGAUGGCAAGGCUCCACAGCGAUUGUUUUUGAGGAGAACUUCCAUGCCCACACAUUGCCAUGAAGAUUUUAAAAUGACCAAAAAGUCCAGUUCACAUCACGUCCCGCUAGACCCCUUCAAGGAGCAUGGUGUCUUUCAGCUGAGGACGGACACGCAACUGGACGCUUUCAUUCAGGAGUGUACCAGACAGCAGCAGAGUCACAAACAUGGCAGGGGUGACCAAAGUAAAAGUGUUUCCAAGCACAGCCAUUGUCAUCAGUAAAGGAAACUAGGUUUCAUGAAGGUACUGAAAUCUAAAAGCAUGACACACUUUUGUUAUUAGCUAACCAGACACAACUGAAUUCUAAGGUUGAUAUUUUACUCUAUAGAAGUACAUAAUAUAAUAGCAUAAUACAAUAUUUUAAAUGUUAUUGUGAAUUUGAUAAGUUGGCAUUUCCUGGGGGAAAAUCUAGUAGUUUAGUACAUCACAGCUGGUCCAAGUAACUAACUAAUACGCAGCUUGUCCCAAAACAAAGAUACCAGCUUAAUCUGGAUUUUCAAACAGGAUUCUCAGUCCAAUCUGUGUUUUUUACUUCUUGUAUAUUUUUAUGUUAUAGUCUUUGACCUCACAUAUAUUUUGAUGGAUAGAUGUUGCAUUAUAUCUAUGCAGUUUGAGAUUAUUAAUACAUGUCUUCCUUUUGUGGGUUUAUUUUGUAUACAUGUUUUGAUGCUAGGGGGCAGCAAAGUGCAAGCUAAACUGUGUCCCACGGAAAUCAUA